GAAUGGAGCUCUUGUUUGUCCCCCGAGUUCUGAGAAAUAGGGAGCAUUUCAUUGAAUGGAGGGAGCGGGCAAGAGGUGGACACGGAAUCUUUCCAGGGAAGAGAAAUCAGGUGAUGUUUCUGGAGCGAGAGCCUUCAACCCACCCUGGCUUCCAGGUGGGCCUGGUUUGAGCAGCCAUUUCUCCGUCUCCUAGCACCCUGCCUUGCAGUGAGUAAACCCAAACCCAAGCCCACUGCUGCCGAAGUCGAUCCUGAUUCAAGGAGGCCCCCCUAGGACAAAGUAGAACUGUCCCCCCACCCCCACCCCCACCUCUUCGGGUUGGCAAGGCCGGAGCCUUUGCAGAAACAGACUGCCCACAUCUUUCUUCCGAUGCACAGCUAACCGGUGGAUUCGAACCGCCGACCUUUUGGCUUACAGCCCAGCAUGUAAGCACUGCCCCUCCUGGCCAGCAUGUCCCAGGAGGGCCGACUCGGCUUUGUUUGCCUCGCUGACGACAAGUUGGACUUUAGAUCCCUCAUGGCUUAGAUAUCUUCCGAGUUGGAAAGGAAGCCGGUUUGGGGACUGAAGGUGGGGCCCGGGUGCCUGGCAUGGCAGGGGCUGGACACGCGGGUCCGGGCUGGCCCUCUCUCUCCCGUGCCUGGCUGCUGCCUGCCAGCCGUGCCUUGAAGGUUACAGGCUGCAAGGAUAUUUUUAAACCCCAGGGGCCAGUUCAUCUAAAAGUGACAUUUACGGUUGGUACUGGCAGUGGCCAGUAGCUAGAGCCGGGCGCUGCGUAAACAAGGACCCUGGACCCUGGCAAGCUGAGCGGUGGUGGCAGAGAGGACAGGAGGAGGAAGAGGAGGAGCCUGUGGCGGUUUCCUGAAUGAUCCUUCUCCUCUGUCUGUCCCUCCUGUUCUUCUCCUGCCUCACCUUCUCCCGGUUCAUACUCGGCAAGACCAUGACAGACGCUGGCCCGGCCCCCAAGAGCAGACCCGAGUCCAUGCCCGGCCAGCAGCCCUUUCCGGCUUCCGACAGCUCAGAGCAGCCACUGCCCAAAGAUGCCGAUGGUGACAACUGCACUCUGCCAAAGACGCCCACGCAGGCCGAGCCACCCCCCCUCACAGACCCCAAAGAUGCCUCUCGGCGGAGGACUGCCCGGCCACCCCCACGCCAGAAACCCCCCAGAAACCCACCUUCUUCCACUGACCCGUCGACCUCCCCAGAAUGCCAAGCCAAUGGGGCAGCCCCAGAGGCCAAUAGCCUGUCUUCCCAGGCCCAAGCCCGGGGCCAGCGAGCCCGAGAAGACGAGAAGCAGGCCCACAUCAAGAAGCAGCUGAUGACCAACUUCAUCCUGGGCUCCUUUGAGGACAAUUCCUCUGACGAGGACACCGGCUCCAGCGAGUUCCGGGGACCCUUGCAGAAGGACAGCCGGUCCAGCCUGGGGACCCUGUCCCUGGACCCUGCACUGGCUGCUAGCGAGCGUGAGACCACUGUCCCCAGCAUGAGGCCCAGCAUGUCGGGACUCCACCUGGUGAAGAGGGGCCGUGAGCACAAGAAGUUGGACCUGCACCGAGACUUCACCGUGGCCUCUCCGGCAGAGUUUGUCACUCGCUUUGGGGGGAAUCGCGUCAUUGAGAAGGUCCUCAUCGCCAACAAUGGCAUCGCCGCCGUCAAGUGCAUGCGCUCCAUCCGCAGGUGGGCCUACGAGAUGUUCCGCAAUGAGCGGGCCAUCCGCUUUGUGGUCAUGGUGACGCCGGAGGACCUCAAGGCCAACGCAGAGUACAUCAAAAUGGCAGACCAGUAUGUCCCCGUCCCCGGUGGACCCAAUAACAACAACUAUGCCAACGUGGAGCUGAUCGUGGACAUUGCCAAGCGGAUCCCCGUGCAGGCAGUGUGGGCUGGCUGGGGCCAUGCUUCGGAGAACCCCAAGCUGCCGGAGCUUCUGCACCAGCUCGAGAUUGCUUUCUUAGGCUUGGUGGUGGAGUGGUCUGAGGACAGGAGACAGCCGGGGAAGACCAUCAGCGUGCCACAGGCCACGUACCACAAGGGCUGUGUGAAAGACGUCGAGGAGGGCCUACAGGCGGCCGAAAAGAUCGGCUUCCCGUUGAUGAUCAAAGCUUCCGAAGGCGGCGGAGGGAAAGGGAUCCGGAAGGCUGAGAGUACAGAGGACUUCCCAAUUCUUUUCAGACAAGUGCAGAGCGAGAUCCCGGGCUCCCCCGUCUUCCUCAUGAAGCUGGCCCAGAGCGCCCGCCACCUGGAGGUCCAGAUUCUCGCUGACCAGUACGGGAAUGCCGUGUCCCUGUUUGGCAGGGACUGCUCCAUCCAGCGGCGGCACCAGAAAAUCAUCGAGGAGGCUCCGGCCACCAUCGCCUCACCGGCCGUGUUUGAGUUCAUGGAGCAGUGUGCUGUCCGCCUGGCCAAGACCGUGGGCUACAUGAGUGCAGGGACCGUUGAGUACCUGUACAGCCAGGACGGCAGCUUCCACUUCUUGGAGCUGAACCCUCGCCUGCAGGUCGAGCACCCCUGCACAGAGAUGAUCGCAGACGUCAACCUGCCAGCCGCCCAGCUGCAGAUCGCCAUGGGUGUACCAUUGCACCGGCUGAAGGACAUCCGGCUUUUAUACGGGGAGUCACCGUGGGCACUGACACCCAUCUCUUUCGAGACCCCCGCCAACCCUCCACUGCCCCGAGGUCACGUCAUUGCUGCCAGAAUCACCAGCGAAAACCCGGAUGAGGGUUUUAAGCCGAGCUCCGGGACGGUGCAGGAGCUGAAUUUCCGCAGCAACAAGAACGUGUGGGGCUACUUCAGCGUGGCGGCGGCCGGUGGCCUGCACGAGUUUGCGGACUCUCAGUUCGGGCACUGCUUCUCCUGGGGAGAGAACCGAGAGGAGGCCAUUUCGAACAUGGUGGUGGCCCUGAAGGAGCUGUCCAUCCGGGGGGACUUCAGGACCACCGUGGAGUACCUCAUUAACCUCCUGGAGACCGAGAGCUUCCAGAACAACGACAUCGACACCGGCUGGUUGGACCACCUCAUCGCCCAGAAAGUGCAGGCCGAGAAGCCGGAUGUCAUGCUCGGAGUGGUGUGCGGAGCCCUCAACGUGGCCGAUGCGAUGUUCAGGACCUGCAUGACGGACUUCUUACACUCCCUGGAAAGGGGCCAAGUUCUCCCGGCGGAUUCCCUGCUCAACAUGGUGGACGUGGAGCUCAUUCACGGAGGCGUCAAGUACAUGCUCAAGGUGGCCCGCCAGUCUCUGACCAUGUUCGUGCUCAUCAUGAACGGCUGUCACAUCGAGAUUGACGCCCAUCGGCUCAAUGAUGGCGGGCUGCUGCUGUCUUACAACGGGAACAGCUACACCACCUACAUGAAGGAGGAGGUCGACAGUUACCGCAUUACCAUCGGCAACAAGACCUGUGUGUUCGAGAAGGAGAAUGACCCCACGGUGCUGCGCGCGCCCUCCGCAGGGAAGCUGAUUCAGUACACGGUGGAGGACGAGGGCCACGUCCAGGCUGGGGACAGCUAUGCGGAGAUGGAGGUGAUGAAGAUGAUCAUGACCUUGAGCGUGCAGGAGAGCGGCAGUGUAAAGUACAUCAAGCGUCCUGGGGCUGUGCUGGAGGCGGGCUGUGUGGUGGCCAGGCUGGAGCUCGAUGACCCGUCCAAAGUGCACCCGGUGCUAAUCGCCUCCCACCUCCCCUCCUACGAGCUGAGACACAACCAGGUGGAGUCCAUCUUCCUGUCCGCCAUUGACAUGUACGGCCACCAGUUCUGCCCAGAAAACCUCAAGAAACUAAUACUUUCAGAGACCACCAUCUUUGACGUCCUGCCCACCUUCUUCUAUCACAGCAACAAGGUCGUCUGCAUGGCGUCCUUGGAGGUGUACGUGCGCCGGGGCUACAUCGCCUACGAGCUGAACAGCCUGCAGCACCGGCAGCUCCCCGACGGCACCUGCGUGGUAGAGUUCCAGUUCAUGCUGCCCUCCUCCCACCCCAACCGGAUGGCGAUUCCCAUCAGCGUUACCAACCCCGAGCUGAUAAGGCACAGCACGGAGCUCUACAUGGACAGCGGUUUCUCCCCCAAGUGCCAGCGCAUGGGGGCCAUGGUCGCCUUCCAGAGGUUCGAGGACUUCAUCAGGAACUUUGAUGAAGUGAUCUCUUGCUUCGCCAACAUGCCCAAGGACGCCCCACUCUUCAGCCAAGCCCAGAGCUCCCUGUAUUCUGAAGAUGACAGCAAGUACCCACGGGAUGAACCAAUCCACAUCCUGAAUGUGGCCCUGCAGUCCACGGACCACCUGGAGGAUGAGGACCUGGUGCCCGUCUUCCGCACCUUUGUGCAGUCCAAGAAGAAUAUCCUGGUGGAGUAUGGACUCCGGAGAAUCACGUUCUUGAUCGCCCAGAAGAAAGAAUUUCCCAAGUUUUUUACAUUCAGGGCAAGAGACGAGUUUGCAGAAGACCGCAUCUACCGCCACCUGGAGCCGGCGCUGGCUUUCCAGCUGGAGCUCAGCCGGAUGCGAAACUUCGACCUGAAGGCGGUGCCCUCUGCCAACCACAAGAUGCACCUGUACCUGGGUGCCGCCCGUGUGAAAGAGGGCGCUGAGGUGACAGACCACAGGUUCUUCAUCCGGGCCAUCAUCCGGCACUCGGACCUGAUCACAAAGAUCGAGGAGGCGGUGCGCUCCAUGGUCAUGCGCUACGGCAGCCGUCUGUGGAAGCUCCGCGUGCUGCAGGCCGAGGUCAAGAUCAACAUCCGCCAGACCACCUCCGGCCUGGCCCUCCCCAUCCGCCUCUUCAUCACCAACGAGUCCGGCUACUACCUGGACAUCAGCCUCUACCAGGAAGUGACCGACCCCAGAUCCGGAAACGCUCUCUUUAAACUCUGGGGCUCUCUGGAGACGUACCCCAAAGACAUCCUGACGUACACGGAGCUAGUGCUGGACUCCCAGGGGCAGCUGGUGGAGAUGAACCGACUUCCAGGAGGUAACGAGGUGGGCAUGGUGGCCUUCAAAAUGCGGUUCAAGACCAGAGAGUACCCGGAAGGGCGAGAUGUGGUUGUCAUCAGCAACGACAUCACGUUCCGAAUCGGAUCUUUCGGCCCCGGGGAGGACCUGCUGUACCUGCGGGCGUCAGAGAUGGCUCGGGCAGAGGGCAUCCCCAAAGUCUACCUGGCAGCCAACAGUGGGGCCCGCAUCGGUCUGGCAGAGGAGAUCAAGCACAUGUUCCAAGUGGCCUGGGUGGACCCUGAAGACCUCCACAAAGGAUUUAGAUACCUGUACCUGACGCCUCAAGACUACACGCGCAUCAGCGCCCUGAACGCCGUCCACUGCAAGCACAUUGAAGAAGGAGGGGAGUCCAGGUACAUGGUCACAGACAUCAUCGGGAAGGACAGCGGCCUGGGCGUGGAGAAUCUGAGCGGCUCAGGCAUGAUCGCCGGGGAGUCCUCCCGGGCCUACGAUGAGAUCAUCACCAUCAGCUUGGUGACCUGCCGGUCUCUGGGCAUCGGGGCCUACCUGGUGCGGCUGGGUCAGCGCGUGAUCCAGGUCGAGAACUCCCACAUCAUCCUGACGGGAGCAGGGGCUCUCAAUAAGGUGCUGGGAAGAGAGGUGUACACAUCCAACAACCAGCUGGGUGGCGUGCAGAUCAUGCAUUACAACGGGGUCUCCCACAUCACCGUGCCCGACGACUUUGAGGGGGUGCACACCAUCCUGGAGUGGCUGUCCUAUAUGCCCAAGGAUAAUAAGAGCCCAGUCCCUAUUAUCACGCCCACUGACCCCAUUGACAGAGAAAUUGAAUUCCACCCUUCCAGAGCUCCUUAUGACCCCCGGUGGAUGCUUGCAGGAAGACCUCACCCAACUCAGAAGGGCACCUGGCAGAGUGGCUUCUUCGACCAGGACAGCUUCCGGGAGAUCAUGGCGCCCUGGGCCCAGACCGUCGUGACAGGGCGAGCAAGGCUGGGGGGCAUCCCUGUCGGGGUGAUUGCUGUGGAGACGAGGACUGUGGAGGUAGCCGUCCCUGCAGACCCUGCCAACCUGGAUUCCGAGGCCAAGAUCAUCCAGCAGGCCGGCCAGGUGUGGUUCCCAGACUCUGCGUACAAGACUGCGCAGGCCAUCAAGGACUUCAACCGCGAGAAGCUGCCCCUGAUGAUUUUUGCCAACUGGAGGGGCUUCUCUGGUGGCAUGAAAGACAUGUAUGACCAGGUGCUGAAGUUCGGCGCGUACAUCGUGGAUGGCCUGCGGCAGUACAAGCAGCCCAUCCUCAUCUACAUCCCCCCGUUUGCGGAGCUACGCGGAGGCUCCUGGGUGGUCCUGGACUCCACCAUCAACCCCCUGUGCAUAGAGAUGUAUGCCGACAGAGAGAGCAGAGGGGGUGUCCUGGAGCCCGAGGGAACUGUGGAGAUUAAGUUCCGAACAAAAGAUCUGGUGAAGACCAUUAGAAGGAUCGACCCAACUUACCAGAAGCUCAUGGAACAGCUAGGGAUGUCCGAUCUCUCCGACAAAGCCCGCAAGGACCUGGAGAGCCAGAUGAAGGCCCGGGAGGACCUGCUGCUCCCCAUCUAUCACCAGGUGGCGCUGCAGUUCGCCGACCUGCACGACACGCCGGGCCGCAUGCUGGAGAAGGGGGUCAUUUCGGACAUCCUGGACUGGAAGACGGCGCGCACCUUCCUGUACUGGCGCCUGCGCCGCCUGCUGCUGGAGGAUCAGGUCCGGCAGGAGGUCCUGCGGGCCAGCGGGGAGCUGAGCCACGUGCACGUGCAGUCCAUGCUGCGCCGCUGGUUCAUGGAGACCGAAGGGGCUGUCAAGGCCUACCUGUGGGACAACAACGAGGUGGUGGUGCGGUGGCUGGAGCAGCACUGGCAGGUGGAGGACGGGCAGCAGUCGACCAUUCGAGAGAACAUCAAGUACCUGAAGCGAGACUCUGCCCUCAAGAGCAUCCGAAGCCUGGUCCAGGAGAACCCCGAGGUCGCCUUGGACUGCCUGAUCCACCUGAGCCAGCAGGUCAGCCCGGCCGAGCGGGCCCAGGUCAUUCAUCUCCUGACCACCCUGGAGAGCCCCGCCUCCACCUCCUGACAGCCCCCCAACACCCAGGACGAUGCCACCCCUCGCCAGGGACCGGAGCUGCCUGUCCCCCAUCCCUGCGUUUGUGCAGGGCUGCUGCUCCCCUGGGCUCGCUAAAAGGCUGGUGCGCACGGUCCCGCCACCACCUCUGCCGUGAGGAGUCCGGCUCCAGUUGUCCCGUCUGCAAACCGUUUCACUGCACCGUGGAACUGACCUGCCACCCGCCCUUGCCCCUCUGCCUCCUGGUGCCUGGCAGGCGGGAACCACGUUGUGCUUUAGACCUGUGUCCCAUCUGGUUGUGCGAGUUUUUUGUUUGUUUGUUUUUUUAAGUGCGACCAGCUCUCGAGUGCAGGAUGAGAGCAGGCCCUGGGCAGAACCCGCAGGCAGAACACAGCCUCGCGGUGUCAGGACAAUGUGGACUCAGCCACUGCUGGGCUGCCCAGGGAGGGGAUGCGGGUGCCGGCCUGCUGGGUUAGGAGAGGAUAGUGUACCUCCCCAUGACCCUUGGUGACCACCAGCGUGCCUCUCAGUGCUCUGUCCUGAGAGGGGAAACCAUCCAGCCCUGGCAUCCACCCACCCCUUCUCCUGGUGCCCACAGGCCACCCUGAUGGGUGUGCAAACUGCUGUCCAGAAACAGAGGGGGUCCCACCUGCGCCCCGCUGGAGUGCUCACUCUUCCCCUGCCCUCAGGAGGGCCACCGGCCUCCCUCACCCAUUGCCUGGAGGUCCCUGGCUGGACCGGGCCCCAGGGGCCAAGCUGUGGCUGGCAGAGACCAGGCCAUUCUCUCGGAGGAGGACUAGAUGCCACCCCCAGCGCCUCGCCACCACGUGCCCCCCAAGGGGGGCAGCCAGUCCCAGGGUCACUGAACCACGUGCCACCCCGGAAGCCAGUGUGGUCACCCCAGGAAGAAGCCUCUGGGAGCCAGGAUGCUGGAGGCUGUUGGAGCUUGACAUGAGCAGUCCGACCUCAGCCAGUGACAGCCCUGGCGUGGGUGCGAGUGUGGGGACAAUGAGGGGCUGAGCUCUGCCCCCCCCCACUCCCCCGAGGUCCUGUGUGAGGACAGUGGGUGGGGACGGCGUCCGGGGACAAGCGCUGUGGCCAGAGGCCCUCGUGUCCCGGGUCAGCGACGCUCACGACUCCAGCCACGCACAAGAAACGCCAGGGAAGGUGCCGAAUAAACUAUUUUUGGAAGGAA